AUGGCUGUGGUUCGCACAACAACAACACGCACGGUCGCAUUGGACCACGGGAAAGGAGGCACAAGCACUAGUGCUGCUUCUUCGGAGAUUAGUGGGCAAGAUCAACAACAUGUAUCAAUACCAUCAUCCACACAACAACCACCAUCAUCAAAACAAGCAGCACUCUUGAACAAAAAUAGUGAUGGUGGAUUUUUCAAGGUAUUGAUAAGCCUAUGCGUGUCUUGUUGUUGUCCAUCUUUUCUCACUUCAACCAUUAAAAGGCUUACCGAACCAAUAACAAAUAUGAUUUUAAGUUAUUUGGGAAUAUUACAAACUGUACAAAGUCUAUUGAUGAAUAAUCCUCUAACUGAUUUUCUGAAGAAACACUUUUUGAAAAUUUUAGCAGUUCUUAUUUAUUUAUUCAUGGCAUUUGUGAUUUCGAGCUUGACAGCCAUGUUUGUAGUGAUGGCCAUACUGUUUUAUCGACGACCACCUACUCAAUACGAUCAUCCAUUAUUCUUUAUAAAAGAAGACAAAUCUCUCUAUGCCAAUGUCACACUACUUCCAAAUGAUUCAUCACGAUCACUUAUCCAAUCUGGAUUAUUUAUUGACACAUUUAGAAUUAAACUGAACUUACCAGAAUCUGCAGCAAAUCGAAAAGUUGGAAUGUUUACAGUACAUGCAGAUUUUUAUGAUAGAAAUAAUAUGAAACUGUUUACAACCUCAAGAAGUAGUAUGAUAAAAUAUAAUUCUAAUAUUAUUAGAACUGUAAAAGAUUUGAUGAGCAUACCAUAUAUCAUAUUUGGGAAUGAAAACGAACCUGAAAGGCAAAUAUUAGAAAUGUUAACCGAAACACAACUAAAUGAUUUUAAUAAUCGAGUAAUAUUGCAUCGAGCAUCUCAUAUUCAUGUGUGGAUUGGAUCCCCUGAUGUACAAAUUUAUUCUGCAAGCAUUCAAAUGAUGGCUCAAAUCACAGGAAUAUGGUAUUACUUUUUCAACUAUCCUAUUACAAGCUUUUUCAUAUUAUUCCCAAUUUUUCUGAGCUUUAACUUGUUUGGUUGGAUCAUGUUUGGAAUUUUCCUUCUUUAUUUAAUUUUUAUUCGCUUGAAUAAGAGCCAACAACAAGAACCAAAAUCAUCUUUUGUGAAACAUAAGCCAUCUUUAUCACAGCAGCAAAUCCAAGAAAAGAAACUUGUCUCAAUGUCUCCUCGUUCAUCGGUCAAGCAAGAAGUUGCUGCUGCUGCUACUGUUCAUGAUACUGCUUCUACAUCAAGUGAUGAGAAUAGAGAUGGAGAAGAAGGACACAUUGAAGAUUCCAAACCUCUCGUUGUUCAUAACCGACACGACCAUGGUGAUGAAACAAGUAUUGUAGAACAUUCUCAACAGCCUCAGUUGAGAAAGAGAGUCACAAGAUCAAAGAAGAAACCACAAACAACAUCGACCACCACGGAUUGA